AUGUCAAAGUCGCUCAGUGCUGCAACGCGCUCCAUCCUUCUGGCGCGGGGUCAGAUCCAGCUUUCGACAGUGUUGUACGGUAUCCUGUGGCGUUGUCUGGUGACCGGUAUCCGGAAUACGAAGCACAUCGAGAACGUGCUGCGGUCUCCGGUGCUCCACCAUCUGACCUCCACGGUCGGCGGACUCUCCGUCAUCCGCUCCUACGGUUCGAGCACCUGCUGGAUCAAGCACACCUCCUCCAUCCUGGCGUUCCGCCUGGCCAACUCGUGGUUCUGCCUGCGCGCUGACGAGCUGGGCCUGGUGUUGCUCGCCACGAUUGCCGCCGUGUUGCUGCUGGUGCCGGGCGCCUCGCCGGCCGAGGCUGGCCUCAUGCUCAGUCUGGUGUACGACACGGUGGGCAUCAUGCCGUUUUUGGUGAUGCUCUGUUCCGAGCUCUCCGCGUUGAUGUCCGCCGUCGAACGCUGCUCGGAGUACUGCCAGGGUCUGGAGUACGAGGCGCCGGCCGAGAUGCCCAACAGUCUACUGCCCGCGCUGUGGCCCGAGUUCGGCUCAAUCAGUCUGGAUGGGGUCAGCCUGCGCUACCGCGCCGACCUGCCGCGCGUGCUGCACGACCUCAGCCUCACCAUCCCGGCCGGCGAGAAGGUCGGCAUUGUCGGCCGAACAGGUGCCGGCAAGUCCACCUUGAUCUCGACCCUCUUGCGGCUGAUGGACCUUGAGACGGGGCGCGUCAUCAUCGACAACGUCGACAUCAGCAAGAUCGGCCUCCGGCAGCUGCGCUCGCGGAUAGCCGUGAUCCCUCAGGACCCGGUGCUCUUCACCGGCACCAUCCGCCAGAAUCUGGACCCGUUCGAGGCGCACGACGACGCGCGGCUCUGGCUGGUGCUGGAACGCGCCGGCCUCAAAGCCAAGGUGGCACGCCUGCCACUGCAGCUGAUGACGCCGGUGACGUCCGACGGAGACAGCUUCAGCGUCGGCGAGAAACAGCUGGUGUGCCUGGGCCGCGCACUGCUCCGCCAGAACCGCAUCCUGCUGCUGGAUGAGGCCACCGCGUCCGUGGACGUGCAGACCGACUUCCUGAUCCAGCGGACCAUUCACGAGGACUUCCAGGACGCCACAGUGGUCACCAUCGCGCACCGGCUCAACACAGUGCUCGGAUAUGGCACCAUCGUGGUCAUGGAUGCCGGCAGGAUCGCCGAGAUGGGCCCUCCAGCGCAGCUGGCGGCCGAACCAAGGUCCCAGUUCCGCCAGAUGCUGGAGCAGGCCGGCAUCUCGUCCCUGGAGGCGCUGGAGCAACAUUCUCUGCCGCCCCUGGCUGAGCAGGAGGCGUUCUCUGACGUGCCGUCCGUGACGUCACCUAGCCGCGUGCUCUUCAGCUUCAGCGGCGAUUCGGCGGAGUUAGACGAGCUGGUCGACAAGGCUGGGACUGUGCCACCUGAGUUUGAGAGUGACGCCCUUAUUGACAGGGCCGUGGUCACUGCAGGGCAAGAGCCAGAAGUUGAAAUAACUCGGCUCUAACGACAGGCGCGCAUGCGUAUUGUCCAAUAGGGGAACAUAGCUACAGCACUGAGGCAUUGGCCUGUAGACUGCGGUAGUCGAGUGGGUACAGUGGUCGGGACGCUGUUGAAGGUGCUACCUACGCCAGCACAAACACGGCCUGGCGCCAGCUGAUGGUCGUUUCCGGCACUACGUAGCCCUGUACCCUGGUAGUUACUGGAUUUACUAUUCGUAAAUUGUUGGAGUUUGAUCAUUAUGAAACCGGUUAGGAACGUUCAACAAGGCCGCCCUACCGCCGAGUUAAUGGCCGAAUGGCGUCAUUUGCGUCAAGUAGAGAACGUUGCGCAUCGGUUUGCAAAUCGUCUGUGCCUGUUCUUUUUUUGUUGUAAAGGUUGCAUCAAGAUACAAUUAUGGCCGCUUUUUAGUUCGUCCCUUGUGUCAUGAUUUGGGUUUAUAAUUGAUACCAGUUUAGGCUGAACUUCUAUGCUGAUUCCAUGAACUCUCCUUGCUGCCAUCCAUUGUGGGCGAAUAAGGGCCGUUCAUGGACAGCAUUUGGUCUUUUAUCCAGGUGCCAUGUCUGUGCACCCUUUUACCUCAUCAUGGCUGCUGGGGCCGUACGCGACGCACCAUGUUUUCUUUGACCUUAGUUCCAAACCAUUUGCAAGGAUAUUUUAGGUGGAAGUGGUGCCUAGGCUGAACAUCGUGUUUGCUCGCUAUUAAAUGGUUUUGAGGACGGGGCAAAUCUCAGCUCUGCCAUGUUUUUGUGUGCAUAAAGCUGAUCUUUUCUCGCCGAUUGGCGACUUGUGUAAAUAUAGCAACUAGGGAUAAGAAGUUUUGACGUUUCCUUACAGUAGGCCCUGUGUAACGUACCCGAUCUAAGAUAAAUCGGCUCAUGAAGCUCUUGUGUCUGUAUUCAUGGGAACACUACACGCACGCAUGUGAACAGCGCGCAAUGGAAGCUUAGAAUACAUGCGAUGAAUGUUUGUUAUUAGAGGUGAUGUUGGCUGCCAGCCAAAAGCGACUCCGACCCAUCGGACGAGCUUCGCCACCGUAUUCCGCCGAAUCGAUUCACAAACGAGACUGACCAGUGUGAUGGACAAUCUCAGGAAGCUGAAUGUCUGGAUUGUGGCUCUUGCCUCGCAUGUCAAGGCUGUCCGCAUUGACUCCUCUGUCGUAUUUUGUCCCGUCCUCCCAGGGUAGGCGGAGCCGUUGGUUUAAGUUGGCAGCCUCAUGUUCGCAGCACUGGAUCUUUACUUCUUACUUUGCUGGAAGUUUUCAGGUGUAAACGGUGACAGAUGUGAUGAAAAAACAUUUUUCGUCGCAGUUGUUCCGUGGAAUCUUAGCUGUUUAAUGUAGCGCAUGUCCUUGUAAGUCCCUGCCACCCGCGUCCCGACGCCUGCCGUGCGGCCAGUGAAGUCCACAGUGUUCCAAUGCCCCCGUUAUCUUCCAGCCGCAUGAUACCUUGUCGCCUGCGGUGUGAUCAGCAGACUCGAGGGACCAAAUCGAGACCGCCCACCUAGUGUAGCUGUUCACGUCGCACCUGUGAGACGCAACGAGAGUGCUUCCCGUUUGGUGUGUCGUGGUCACAUCUGUUCCAACGCUGUUUGCGCCCAGGCGCAAUUGAGAUGCUUUUGAAGAUAAGCAGAUGAUCCGUGCCUGGCAAUGUAUGUAUUAAAUGUAGGUCUGUGGGGGGACUGCAUAUAUCGUUUCGUAUAAAUAUAUGGUGUCAAGUUGAAGUACCGAUGGUUUCUAUGCGGGUGUGUAUAAUGAUUUGCGAGAUGCUAACAUGCAAUGCAUACCAAACGUUCACAUA